AUGGGCUCCCGACUAGAGAAAAAUUCCAGCUUGGUUCGAAAGCGCAUCGAGGGCCACACCUUCAGUGACGAGCAGGGAGAGGAAUAUGAAGGCUCAAAGUUCGGCGGGUUUGCCGACUACAUGCGGAGGAAGAAGAUCAAGCUGCAGAAUCUGGAUGUCGAGAUACGCGCCAACUCGGCAGACAAACCUCCUAUCUUCCGCGGUGUCGUUGUCCACGUCAAUGGCUACACCCAACCCCCUUUGAGCGACCUACACAGCCUCGUCGUAAGCCAUGGGGGCGGCUUCCUCCAAUACCUUGAGGCGAAGACUGCUGCUACGCAUGUUAUCGCCAGUCAUCUCACGCCAAAGAAGACGGUAGAGUUCGGCAAAUACCGCGUCGUCAAGCCAGCUUGGGUAGUCGACAGUGUCAAGGCAGGAAAGUUGUUGCCCUGGGAUGCGUAUAGGCUGGUCGACGAAGGGGUCACGCAGAAGGUGCUGGGCUUCGAAAGCGGCCAUAUGGUAAGCCAGGCAAAUAGUCGACCGAGAAGCUACAAAGACCAGUCCGAAGCGGGUUGGUAUGCUACGCAAUUGCGUCAGAAUCAGCAGGAUCCAAAUUGUCCACAUGCUGAUCCAUCGGCAAUGAACAGAGCUGGAGAGGGGGCUCCCACCGAUGAAGUUGCUGGUGACGCGCAUUUUGAUGCGCCCGAUCCCCCUGGGAAUGGCUUGAUGCAUGUACAAGACCCUUUGCAAGAACUCGGUUCACUCGCACCAGAUUUAACAGAAGCGCCGAAGCCCGACAAGCGCGAACUGACAGCCGAAGAACACAAUUCUAUUCUGCUCUCCAAUCCACAUAUGGCUAAAUCCAGCACUGCGAACCCUGACUUCAUCAAUCAAUACUACCGUGAAUCAAGGUUACACCAUCUGUCAACUUGGAAAGCCGAGCUGAAAGCGCAGAUACAGGCACGCGCCCAAGAGAAACUAUCGUCGCAGCAGACUAAGCCGAAAAGAGCGCCUGGUGCGAGACGGUACAUCAUGCAUGUUGACUUCGAUAGCUUCUUCGCCGCCGUGUCCCUCCAAAAACACCCGCAGUUAGUCGAUAAGCCUGUAGUCAUCGCACAUGGCAGCGGGCCUGGGUCAGAGAUUGCAAGCUGCAACUAUCCUGCUAGGAAGUACGGCAUCAAGAAUGGCAUGUGGAUGAAGGCAGCACUUAGCAUGUGUCCAGAUCUCAAAAUCCUGCCCUACGACUAUCAUGCUUACGAAGAAGCAAGCCGCCAGUUCUACGACUGCGUUCUUGCGGUUGAUGGGGUAGUGCAGAGUAUCAGCAUCGACGAGGCUCUAGUUGAUGUCAGCGAACAGUGUAUCAAGGCUGGUGGAUCUGACGGCAAGGGAAUCUCAGAAGGCUCCUUAUAUCGCGAACAAGAGCACGUUCAGCAUUUAGCGCGAGACCUACGUGCUGCUGUGAAGGAGAAAACUGGCUGUGACGUAUCUGUGGGAAUUGGUGGUAACAUAUUGCUUGCCAAAGUGGCGUUACGGAAAGCAAAACCUGCUGGGCAACAUCUCAUCAAACCUGACGAUGUCUUAGACUUCAUUGGCGAAUUGACGGUCACUGACUUGCCUGGCGUUGCAUGGAGUAUUGGGAACAAACUUGAAGAAAUUGGAGUAAAGUUCGUCAAGGAUAUCAGGGUGUUGACAAAAGAGAAGCUCAUCAACACUCUGGGACCAAAGACCGGCGAGAAAAUCUGGGAAUACUCCCGUGGGAUUGACAAGCAAGCGGUGGGCGAUCAAGUCGUCCGUAAGUCGGUCUCAGCGGAGAUCAACUGGGGUAUCCGAUUCAUCAACCAGCAGCAAGCGGAAGAAUUUGUUCAAAGCCUGUCUAAUGAGCUGUCACGGCGGCUCCUCGAGCAGUUGGUCAAGGGGAGACAGCUGACCAUGAAGAUUAUGCGAAAAGCCGCCGAUGCCGGUCUCGAUCCUCCAAAGAAUCUUGGACAUGGCAAGUGCGAUACAUUCAACAAAAGUGUGGUUCUAGGAGUUGCCACAAACGACGGCGCAGUGAUCGGGAAAGAAGCGAUUACUAUCUUGCGCAGCUACAAUUUUCCUCCUGGAGAACUUCGUGGCCUGGGGGUGCAGAUGCAGAAACUAGAGCCAUUGAAGCCAUCUGCGGCCAGCACUGGCGGCUUCAUGGACAGCAGUCAGCGCAGGUUACAGUUCAAGAGGCCACAGACCCAAACACCAGCAUCUCCUGUGCCGUCAGAACAAGCCAAGAUGCCUUCUGCCCGUACACCGCGCAUCAAGGACACCGUAGAUCCGAUUGAGGAGGUACCUACACCUGAGAAGCCGAAGGCUAAUGCAGCCAUUCUAGGUGCCGCUGAUGCUCAUCCCACCGUGGAAGAAGAUGAUUCUACUCAAAAACCUCUGAAUGUGAGCGGAACCCAAUUUAUCCUUCCAUCACAAAUCGAUUCAGCGGUGUUGGCCGAACUACCAGCAGAUAUCAGAAAUAAGUUGGCCCCAAAACAGAAGAGUAUACUCGAUAUCAUGAGCAAGUCCGUUCAACCAGCUUUGCCUUCCAAUGAGCCUCUGUCACGCUCCGUCUCUCCGUACAUCCCCGACAACGACGCUGCACUACCGAACCAGAGUCAACUUGAUCCUGAAAUUCUGGCUGCUCUUCCUCCAGACGUCAGGGAGGAAAUACUGGCACAGUAUAAGCAACAAGGGAAAAGGAGCGGAACCCCUACGCAUCAAAGCUUACUUCCACAAUCCCCCCAGAAGCCCAAGGCUCUCGGUGCGUCCAAGAAGUUGGUUGUGACCCCGACUAAGAAGCAGAAGACGGUCUCAUUGUUCAAUAAGGCUAGGUCUAAGCCACCUGCGGACUCGUCCUCUACCCUAAUCCAGUCAAACUUCGGGCCUGUGCAGAGAUCAGGUGGAGGUGAACCACUGUCUAACGCGUACCUACUGGGAGAGAUAUCGGAAUCCCUCCUCGAUGAGCUUCCCAAGGACAUCCGAGCGGAAAUCAUCGCAGAGCAGAAAAGGAACCGCAUGGAAGCCAGAUCAGGCCUAUAUUUCGACCCCGGUAAAAGACUGAAAGUCACGGCUCAAGCAGAGGCUAUUGACCGAGGUCAACAAAAAUUACAGCUACCAAAGCUGCCUAACAAGCCGACGUUUACGUCUCGUAAGCUGAGCUCUUUGCCCGAGCUGAGAGACGCGAUCUCGGCAUGGGUAAGGGAAUUCUCUGUCGAUGGCGAUGGUCCUGAUUCGGAAGACGUGACUGCACUCUCAGAGUACUUGUGCAAGGUCGUGUCUGUCGAGCGGGAUAUGGCCAAGGCUGUCGCGGUAGUAAACUGGCUUGGAAUGCUCCUAGACUACGAGAACUUCGACGCCGAAGACACCCGUCUAGCUUGGGAGAAGGCACUCGAAAUGCUGAAGAGGGACGUGCAACAUGCAGUCAUUGAGAGAGGCCUUCCUCCUGUCGUAUUCGACUGUUAA